AUGUUCAAUUAUACCGAUUUUCACGAUGUUUUCCCUACUGGGGUACAUCAUCCUUACGACCGCAAGCUGCAACACGACAUUGAAGCUCAUCGAAAGAAUGUGGAAGGCCUCUUGUUCAUUGACAGAGUGUUGAGAGCCCUCGGUAUCUCAAAAGCGAAGGCAUAUCCCCCGAAGACCGAGAAUGCACUCCGACAGCUGCAUCAACAGAUUUGCGACGCGGGCAUGUCGAUGCACCACAAAUUCUCCUUAUUAUACUACAUUCUUCUCGAUUUCGACGAUGCAAAUAAAGACGCCUUUGUAUCAGGGAGCUUUGCUAGCUUGUCUGGCAUGCCGGCUAAUUACCAGCUCUUUAUGAAGGGUCUGUGGCACAUGGAUAGAGAAGAAUUCACAAGAGCUGUCGAAUAUGUAGCUCAUCCGUCGUUGGAACCAGACUUUGCAGACGACAUCAUCAUCACGCUCAUCAAACGGGCGCCAGACCAAGACUUCAGCCUCGCGCUAUCGUAUUUCUACUCCGUCCAGCCCAUUUUAAAGACUCCUGUCGCUUUAGAGCUCCUCUUCGACGCAAUGGCUCGCACGAACGUCACUCAGGCGCUAUUGUAUUCACGAACACAUCCACAGCAUACAAGAGAACAACUUUUCCGCCGAUGGAUUUCACGCGUACUCGAUAACGGCCGUCGCGAGGACUUGUCCAGUCGCACAAGCGAGCUGGCAUUUAUGCCCUUUGAUAAUUUGGAGGAAACGUGGUUUGAGGAAUACCUCACUGUGGGCGAGGGGAGAAAUCUGAAGAAGGCAAAGGACACGCUGCUGAUUCGCAAGAUUGCCUGCGAUCGAUUCUCUGAUGUGGCAAGGAUCCGACCUAGCGGGCAAUGGGCCAGUGUUUUGGAGGGCAUUAAGGGAGGAACUGAGGGUCAAACAGACUAG